UAUCCCAUUGUACAGAGGCAGCCCCAGCCACAGAGAGACAGAGAGCUCCCAGAGAAGCAGGACUCCGCCAUCUUCACAGUGAAAGAAAAAAGAAAAGAAAAAAAAAAAAAGCCAGCGGGUCUUGUUUUAUUUGGAAGGAGGUGGCAGUCAAUGUCCUUGUUCUCCUCAGUGCCAGACAAGGGGAGCAAGUGAAAAGAGUUGGGAAAGGCAAAAAAGUAAUUGGCAUUCCAUGCACUAGGGUAGUGUCAGUGCAGAGGCAGGAGUGAAGGUACCCAUCGCAGUGCCAAAAGGACAUUGGAUUUUCUUUUUGAGGAAAAAGGUGAAUUUUACCCUCUUUUAACACAAGAUCUCAAUCUGAGUGAAGAAUAUCCGGCGUACCUCCGCUGUCAAACACUGUAGGUCUUUUUUUAUUUAAUUUCUGAAAAGGGUAAAAAAAAUAAUAAUAUAAUAAUAAUAAUAAUAAAGACAUUUGCAGUAGUCUACCCACAACUGUCAGCCACAGGCACUUAAGGAAUAUUUUUGCUCGUACCUGGACACAUUUAACUGGCAACAUCGGUUUUCAGUAGGUGGGACAUUUGAACAUUUUUUUUUUUUUUUGCUUUUUUUUUGUGUGUUUUUUUUUAUUUUUAUUUUUUUGGACAGAAAACCAAGUUAACGAUUUUUUUCUUUCUGUUUUUGGUCAACGAGGAAAGACUAUACUACUACACUUUAAGUCACUGCCACUCGCAAAGACAGUUUCGGUCAAGGGGACCCUUAUAAAAAAAAAAAUCAGUACUCCUCGCUUGGAAGUCUAAACUGGAGUGCAAAGCCAGUUAUUUAUUUAUUUAAUUUUUGGGGGGAAAUCCCAGGCAAGGUUACUAAAGGAACACAAAAAAAAAGAAGAAAAAAAAAAAAGGGAAACCAGCCAGUUCUUCUGAGUACAGGUCUCCGUGCGAUGCCAGUGUAAAUGCCAGGGCAAUGUCCCGUCGCAAGCAGGGAAACCCACAGCACUUGUCACAGAGAGAAAUAAUCACACCCGAAGUUGACCAUGUGGAUCCGGGGAUCGCCGAUGAUGAUAUUCAUAAUAUGCUGGAUCCAAAUGGCAUUGGGUCCAGCGUUGGCAUGGGGGACCAUGAUCUCCUGACCUGCGGACAGUGCCAAAUGAAUUUCCCACUGGGGGACAUUUUGGUUUUUAUCGAGCACAAAAGGAAGCAGUGCAAUGGCCUCAGCAGUGUCCCGGGCUAUUAUGAAAAAAGCCUGGACAGGGGAAGCCCUUCACCCCAACGCUCUGAGCUCAGGAAAGUGGUGGAACCAGUGGAAAUCGGCAUCCAGGUCACACCAGAGGAGGAGGACGAGAGACUGUUGACUCCCACAAAAGGAAUUUGCCCUAAGCAAGAAAACAUCAUAGCAGGUCGAGAUGAGCCUUCAAGCUAUAUUUGCACAACCUGCAAACAACCUUUCAACAGCGCCUGGUUUCUCCUCCAGCAUGCCCAGAAUACGCAUGGAAUUCGCAUCUACCUUGAGACAAAUCCAUCUAGUAGUUCUUACCCAAGGAUCACCAUCCCUCCAACGAUGGGCUCGGAGCCUGUACCUCAGUCUCCUCUAACUAACUUUCUUGGCGACAGCAAUCCUUUCCAUCUGCUUCGAAUGACAGGACCUGUGCUUCGGGAGCCACCGGGUUUUGUAGAAAAUCGUCUUCCGAAUACACCCCCUUUUGUCAGCCCUCCACCUCGCCAUCAUUUGGACCCCCAUCGCCUUAGUGCCGAGGAAAUGGGUUUGAUCUCCCAACAUCCCAGUGCCUUCGAAAGAGUUAUGCGCCUGACACCCAUGGCAAUAGAGUCCCAGUCGAUGGAUUUUUCUCGGCGACUACGGGAGCUUGCGGGAAACAGCAGUUCCACACCACCACUUUCACCCAGCCGCUCCAACCCUAUGCAUCGCCUGCUCAACCCUUUCCAACCGAGUCCAAAAUCUCCAUUCCUGAGCACUCCACCACUGCCACCGAUGCCACCUAACAGCACCACUCCUCCUCAGCCCCAGUCAAAAAGUAAGUCAUGUGAAUUCUGUGGAAAGACUUUCAAAUUUCAGAGUAACCUGGUUGUACAUCGGCGAAGUCACACAGGAGAAAAGCCCUACAAGUGCCAACUCUGUGACCAUGCAUGUUCCCAAGCCAGUAAACUUAAAAGACACAUGAAGACACACAUGCACAAGCCUGGCUCUAUGACAGGGAGGUCUGAUGAUGGGCUCUCUACCACUAGUUCUCCUGAGCCAGGUACGAGUGAGAUCACGGGUGAGGGGAUAAAAAGUAGAGAGGGUGAGUUUAGGAAUGAAAGUGAGCCUUCCCUAGGGCAAGACAAUGAGGAAGAGGAGGAGGAAGAGGAAGAAGAAGAGCUAGAAAAUGAGAGCAGACCUGAGUCAAGUUUCAGCAUUGACUCUGAGUUUUGCCGUAAUAGGGAAACUGGUUCUAAACCUCCACCAGAUGACAAAACCCUCUCGUUAGGAAAGAUUGUGGAGAAUGUGGGACUGAGCACUAUACAGCAGUACAAUGACAUAUUAGGUGACAAUCGUAAAAGAGGACCUUUCUCCAAAAGAUGUUCAGAUGUCCAGCGUGUCGCAAGAGAUGAUGAUUCAGUUGUAGGGGAGAUCGAUCGCGUUGAAGUAGGUGCAGUGAAUGGCAGAAAUUUUGGCUCAGGUGAUGCUUUCUCAGGCCUGUUUCCUCGCAAGCCCACCCCAAUUACGAGCCCAGUUUAUCCAAUUCAUCAGCAAAGAGAAUUAAAAUAGAAAAGGGACUUAGACUUGCCACCAGCACCUCUUAUUCCCUCAGAAAACGUCUACUCACAGUGGCUAGUAGGUUAUGCAGCAUCAAGGCACUUCAUUAAGGAUCCAUUUCUUGGAUUCACUGACUCAAGACAAUCUCCCUUCGCCACCUCAUCCGAACAUUCAUCAGAAAACGGCAGCCUGCGUUUCUCUACCCCACCAGGGGACAUGUUAGAUGGAGGUCUCUCAGGGCGUAGUGGAACGGCAAGUGGUGGUAGUACCCCUCAUCUGGGAGGAGGACCUGGGCCAGGUAGGCCCAGUUCAAAGGAGGGCCGGAGAAGUGACACCUGUGAGUACUGUGGCAAAGUUUUCAAGAACUGCAGCAACCUGACAGUCCAUCGGCGCAGUCACACUGGAGAGCGUCCAUACAAGUGUGAGCUGUGCAACUAUGCCUGUGCUCAGAGCAGCAAGCUGACCCGCCAUAUGAAGACACAUGGACAGCUUGGUAAAGAAGUGUAUCGCUGCGACAUUUGCCAAAUGCCCUUCAGCGUGUAUAGUACCCUUGAAAAACACAUGAAAAAAUGGCAUGGAGAACAUUUGAUGACGAACGAGGACUUCCCAUAUAACAUGCUAAGACGCUUCAACUUUGUCACAUAAAGAAUGCACUGCUCAUUCUGAGUUUUGGAAAAAUGCCAUUGCCAGCAAGCACCAUCUUGCCAAUUAUAUAACACUGCAUUAUUUUAAAUAAUGUAUUCUCAACAUUCAGUCAACUUUAGAUGUUAGGAACAUUUAUAACGGUGUAUAAAUAGCUACUCCUAUUUAGUUGACCCGCACUUUAAAAAAAAAAAAAAAAAAAAAAAUUUGUUUUUAUGACAACGGCUUCUGUGCAAGAAAUUACAGUUAAUGGAUCAACUUGGCCUGGUAAAAGGGUUUAAAGUACUAGGGAGCAUCUGAGAUUUAAGUGUCAGUGUUGCUAAGCUUGGCAUUCACAAUACUGGCACUAUAAAAUUUAAAAAUUAAUUUAUUGGGACAGUUUUUGUACUGCCAUUCAAUCUGACGUGAGUGUGCCUUGAAUACUGAUCUUCCUAUCUGAUGUCUCUUGAGACGAAUGCAACACUUUUGUGAAGCAAAAGGAUUGAAAAGAGGAAAAAAAAAAAAGAUUUAUCAAUUUAAGGACAUAAUUCCUAGUUUGCAUAAAAAAAAAAAUUUGGUCUGAUAACAUAUCAGGCAAGGAUAUUAAAAAAAAAAAAAAAGUAAAAUGAAACUCGCAAAUAGGUAAAAGUACCCAGCACAACUUUUGCAUGUGUCUGUUUGUGUAUAUAUAUAUAUAGGCAUAUAC